GCUGCGCAGAAAGGGGAGUUGUUUGGGGGAAAAUAGCUCAGAAACAUAGUCGAAUGCUGUUGGUUGUAUAAUUUUACUUUAUUUAAUAAAUAAAUAAAUACAGUAUUUAGCAAUGCCGGGAAUGAUGGAAAAGGGAUCAGAGUACCUUGGGAAAGGACGGUCUAACGGAACUAAAAGCCCAUCAAACGCCUCAAAUGGACAUUUUUCAGAGGAGAGUGGCAGCGACGACGAGCACGACGUUGGAAUGCGAGUGGGAUCGGAAUAUCAAGCCAGUAUUCCUGAAUUUGAACCUGGUGCUACAAAAUACACAGAUAAAGACAGUGGGGGAAUGUUGGUAUGGUCUCCAGAUCAUCUUAUUCUUGAUACAAAAUUGGAUGAAUAUAUUGCGAUAGCAAAAGAAAAGCAUGGAUACAAUGUUGAACAGGCUCUGGGCAUGUUAUUUUGGCACAAGCACAACAUUGAAAAGUCACUUGCUGAUCUCCCAAACUUCACCCCUUUUCCUGAUGAGUGGACAGUGGAGGAUAAAGUUCUGUUUGAGCAAGCCUUCAGUUUUCAUGGGAAAAGUUUCCACAGGAUUCAACAAAUGCUACCAGAUAAAACCAUUUCAAGUUUGGUAAAAUAUUACUACUCUUGGAAAAAAACAAGAUCCAGGACAAGUCUGAUGGACCGUCAGGCCAGAAAACUAGCAAACAGAAAUAAUCAAGAAGAAAGUGACGAGGAGAUGGAAGAGGGAAAUCCAAAUGAGGGAAAUGAUAGUGAUUAUGACCCAAGUAAAGAAACUAAAAAAGAGAGUCAUUCUGAACAGCCUGUCCAGAACAGUAAGAUUGGGUUGGGUCGAAGGGAGCACCAGAAUCUGAUGCAUCGCCACCAUUCGCAGCGUUCCAAGUGCCGCCCUCCCAAAGGCAUGUACCUAACUCAGGAGGAUGUGGUAGCCGUUUCCUGUAGUCCCAGUGCAGCAAACACUGUUCUUAGACAACUGGACAUGGAGCUAGUUUCAUUAAAACGACAGGUCCAAAAUGCUAAGCAAGUUAAUGGUGUUCUGAAACAGAAGAUGGACACAGGUAUAGAUGACUACAGACUGCCUGAGUGUAACCAGAAAAUAAAUGCCAGAUGGACUACAGAUGAACAGCUUCUUGCAGUACAAGGUGUCCGGAAGUAUGGGAAAGACUUCCAAGCUAUUGCCGAAGUUAUCGGUAAUAAGACCGUAGGUCAGGUAAAAAACUUCUUUGUAAACUACCGUCGUCGAUUUAACUUGGAGGAGGUGCUGCAGGAGUGGGAGGCAGAACAGGGAACUCAGGCCCCCAACGUUGACACUGCUACCUCAGGGGAGGAGGGGAAGAACACUUUCAACACCCCGUCAGGGAAAAGUACCGACGAAGAGGAGGAGGAGGAGGAGGAGGAGGUGGCUUUGGUGAUGCCAUCUUCUGGUCGUUCUCCUCCAGCCCAAGUGUCUUCUGCCUCAGCUCCUGUAACACCUACAGCUUCAUUCAACCAACCACCACCCCUUCUCCGGCCAUCUAUCCCAGCUGCCCCAGCUCUCCACCGGCAGCCUCCCCCAUUGCAGCAGCAGGCUCGCUUCCUUCAACCAAGGCCUACCCUCAACCAGCCACCACCUCCGCUCAUCAGGCCAGCCAAUCAGAUGCCACCCCGUCUGAACCCAAGGCCAGUCGUACCAGCUGUCAGCGGACAGCAGCCACCAACACUGAUUGGAAUCCAAGCAGAAACACAGUCCUCUCUGCACUGAAUACAUUGCAGUUACAAUUUUUUUUUCUUUGUAUUUUUUUGGUAUUUUUUUUUUUUAAAGAGACUAGAACUUUUGCAGAUGAAGUUGCAUACAGUGUCUCUUCUGAGUUUGUUAUCUGAAUAGCCAAUUUUGGUAAAAAGAUAAGUGAACUUUUUAGAAAAGGUUCAUGUUAUCAAUAGAUUUGUCAUCAUCUUUUCCUGUCACCAACGCACUUAUUUGGAGUAAAUGUUAUCAUUAGAUAAAUACAAAUAAGUAUAAGUAACUUUCUUUUAUUCAAAUGCUACACUAAUCUGUUAAGUUAGUGAUAUAAAUUAGAACAGGCCUAUUGUAGAAAUAUUUGUAUUUAUUGCAUUUACAAAUUUAGCCAAACUGGACAACCAAAAGUUUUUUUUUUAUUUUACUCCAUGUAAUCUGCAACAACGAAGACACUACAAAGUUGAUAUGGUUUAUCUAACAGCAUUAGUGAGACAUGCGUUUUGUAUGGAAUAAUUUUAUGCCAUGGGCAUAAGUGAUGUACGCUGGAUUUCUUUUGGUAUUGCUUGGUUAAUUACUGUAUCAAAUAUGUUGUUUUCUCUACUACAGAACUAAUCAUUAUCAGUCUUGUGUAUAUAAGCAGUUAUUUAUUUUUCUACUUGGUGCUAUUGACUCCUGACAAAUUUCGCAUUUAUGCGAGGAAUAAUUAACACCAUACAAGUGCACUUAAUUCCACAAAAGUAUUUUAAAGAGUAACAGCUGAACAUAUUUCUCUGGUUGCUCUUAUAAAACUGGAAAAGAAAUACAAGUCAUUGAUUUGUCAUUGUCAUUGAAGUAUUUAAGAGAGAACAAAUGUGUCUAUUUUUUUAAAAGGUAAAAUGCUGUCAUUUUACAUUCCCUUUGUAACUAUAUUGUAUGUACCCAAUGAGCAUUAAUCAUGUGUGUAGAAUGAGAGGGGCUUGUUUUUUGUAUUGUUGUUUUACUUUGACUGUUUUAGUUUGUGUGCAGAUUCAGUUUUGAAUAGUUCAGGAAUGUGAGGUAGAGAGUUUAUUGGCUCUGUCAAGCUAUUUUCCUAUCUUCAGCGAAGAAUUUUAAAAGAACAAUCUGGUGAUCAAUUACCCGUCAUUGAGUAAAAGUCAUUUUUCACAAUGUUUUAAUCAUUGGUUUAGACGCUGCAGGAUUUUAUACAUAAAGCAGCUGAAUUCAGGGAACUUAAUCAAUUUAAUGACCAUGCGCAAAUUAAUAAAAUGGUUUUUUUUUUGUUUGGUUUUUUUUUAACAACAAAAUAGAAUUAAAAUCAUGAGGGUUAUUAUUAGCAACUACAUCCAGUUUGGUUUUGUGCUCCAGUGACCUUUGUGCUUUAAACACUGCAUGAAUUUAAAAAAGACCCCUAUGAAUUGUGUGUGCUAGUAUGAACAAAGAAAAUAAUUAAGAUGAGAGUUUUGGCAGUGGCUUUGUAAUCUGUACAUUUCAAAUGUUUCCUUGCUUUUGGACGUGAUUUUGUCCUAUAGGGUAGGAAUUGUUUUAGGCAAUCUGUUGUCUCGCUGUUGUCCCAUUGUUCUAACGUUUAGCAUGUUACAAGGUAUGGAUAAAUAGUAAUUCUAACAACUUUAGCAGCAGUUUAAAAAAUAUAUAGUUUUACCAAAUAACAAAGUAACUUCAACUGUGCUAAAGAAAACAGAUGGGUUUUUUUAGCAUGUUAUGUAGUGUUAGAUAUGAGGUAUCUUAACUAAUGUAUUAUUCUUGUUUACAUUCACUUUGUAUCAUUUUCAGUUUUAGUCAUCAAAUCCUUGUGACUUAAAGCUUUAAAGAACCAUUGUGGCCUCAAUGUAAAAAAAUAUAUCUGGUACACCAUUGUAAAGUUGUCUUUAUGCAGGACUGCCCCUAGUGGUUGCAAGAAAUACUACACUGAUAUAUUUAUUGCAGCCAGAGGGCAGUGUGGCAUAAAGGUUAAUAGUCACUAUCGUGAAACAGUUCCAGCAUGAUUCUGAAAGCUCCGUUUAAGGUCGCAGCGGUGCUUUGAGUCUUAAAAAGUCAAAGGAUGAGUUGACUUGAAACAGAAAAUGAUCCAAAGUGAAUAUAACCCACAAGAAAAAUAAAUUAGUUAAGAUAUCUGAAAUUUCACAUCCAUACAAAGGUGCUCUUUAACAAUAAAUAUUUGAAAACGAUAAUAAUAGUUUUACUGUGUGGCACAUUUUACAAUUCUCUAUAACAGCAACAGGUUUCAAAUGAAGCUCAUGAUAUUCUUACCGGCCCAUCAUGCAUACCUCAGAUGUGGUGUUUUAACAAGGGGGCAAUUGUAUGGUAUGUACAAAAUGUUGGAUUUUUAAACUGCACGGCUGAUUCACAUACCACAACUGGAAUAUAUAUAUAUAUAUAUAUAUAUAUAUAUAUAUAUAUAUAUAUAUAUAUAUAUAUACACAUACAUACAUACUUCAUGAAAGUGAAAAAUGCACAGAUUUUGAAGGGAAAGCAGUUAAAAAAAACACAGCUUUGGCUUGAGCAGCACAAAAAUAAUGGUACUAAUCUGCUGACUCUCUCCAAGUAUAUGUCGUAACUUGCAGGAAAUGCAUUCUACAAACCCACUGUACAGCAGAAAGACGCUUAAGAAAUGGGGAGGAAAUCAUGUGGGGUGGGGGUUGUGCUUAUUUAGUAAGCCACAGGAAGUGUGAGAACCAUGUACUUGCUUUUAAAUUAGCAUUCCAUCUUCUGUGCAUGCUUUUUACUUUAUUUUCUUUCAAUGUUUGACCUAUUGCAAGUCAUUUGUGAUGGGAAGAGCUUUAUUUUUUCAUGCACAUCAAGGGCUAUUUUUUUACUUUAUACACAUGAAAAAGGGGAUUGACCUACCCUUUCUUAACAUUUUGUCAUGAACCUUUAUAUAGUACAUGCUGACAAGAAGGGCUUUUAAGGCUCCAUGUCCUCAGUGUCUUCAAAACUGCUAAAACUUCUAUUGAGAUCCUAAUAAUAUUUUUUUUUUAUCAUGCUUGGAUAAAAAUAAUUCCAAGUUUAGUUUUAAUGCUUUCUAUAUUUUUUUGUCUUUUAAAGUUUUGUUUUUUUUCUUUUAAAGAACAUUGUGCUUGGUUAUUUUAUUCAUUUGUCUAUAUAAUUUGCUAUUUGUUGUGUUUCAAAGACCAAAUGAUUUCAAAGAAACAUGCUUCAGGUGUAUGUUUUCAGUUUUAACUUAUUUUUAUCACUUUGCCAUUAGUAUAAAUAUGUGUGUCAUAUCUUAAAUACUGUUUCUAUCAAUAUUCUUAUAUCUGAUAGUACAAAUUGUAGGGCACUGAAACCUUUUUCCUAACUUAGUGAUAUUUACUAACAAGACAGUAUUUAGAAAAUAACUUUAGCUCUUUUGUUUUAGGUGACCACAGCAGGUUAUUCUGUUGUACUAGUCAAUUGACGGUUUCCAUCGUUCACAUUUGGUAAAACUAGCCUUUCAUUUCACAAUGGAACCUCUUUUCUCAUUUUCCUUUCCAAAAGCGUGUUCCAAUGAUGGAUGGUUAUGAAACAUUUGACUAGUGCAGCGUGGCUGGAAUAUUUAGUCUGUGUUGUGCCCUAAUGUAAUCAUUUGGUAUUGUUAGUAUAAAUCCUGUGUAGAAAACUUAACAUGAGUUGAACAUGAAUUUAAGCUAUGCUACAUAAUGGUUAUGUCCUUAGGUAAAGAGACUGCUAACUCACUUGGAUACAUUAGACUUUCUACUACUGUGUAACUCAGUUUAAAGUGCUACUUUAAAGACCUGUCUGUACUGUAUGUAGAAAAUAGCGCACACAUUUUAAAAACCUCAGCAUAUGUACUUACAAUAUCUGUUUGUACAUAAUGGAAGUUUUUUUUCCAUUUAUUGUUAUGUACUUUGCUAGGUGUAAAGCAUUAAAAGUACCUAAUAUGUAAUGGUAUCUUUGUGCAUGUAUACACUGUCAGUUUAUUGCUAAUUGAUUGUUCAAUCAUGACAUGCUUGUUGUAACAAAGCAUUAAAGUUCAGAAGUAGUCUUGGU